UAUAAUCAUUUGUAUAAGUAGGGAAUCAAAAUCCAAAUUCGCACUAUCCAGCUUCAAACCCUAUCUCUCUCCGCUUUUCCCCAACUCAGAGCAUGUCAGAGAUGCUGGACCACAACGGCGUUCCGAUCAACUCAGUAAUCCCCACCCCCACCCGCGUUGCCACCAUAAGCGUGGUGGAUCACUGCCUACCCUACGAUACCCACAAUCUAUACGAUGUUACUUUCCACACCCACACCAUCCACACCCUCCUCACAUCCGAUCCCUCCCUUGUCCACUCCUGGAUAUCCAACAACAUCCGCAGCCAUCAAACUGGGCUCAUGGUGGGCCUGGACAUCGAGUGGCGGCCCAACACGCAGCGCAACAUGCAGAACCCCGUCGCCACACUUCAACUCUGCCUCGGCCAACACUGCCUCGUCUUCCAGAUCCUUCACUCCCCUUCCAUUCCUCCUUCCCUAGUUUCCUUCCUCGCCGAUCGCAAUGUAACUUUCGUUGGUGUUGGAAUCGAAGAAGAUGCUGAGAAGCUUCUAGAAGACUACAAUCUCCAUGUAGUUAAUAUUCAGGAUCUUCGCUCUCUCGCGGCAGAGAAGCUUCGUGACAGGGAGCUGAACCGAGCGGGGAUUAAAUCGUUGGGCCUCCGUGUGCUGGGUUUGGAGGUUGAGAAGCCCAAACGGAUCACGAGGAGUAGGUGGGACAAUCCCUGGCUCACUCCACAGCAGGUUCAGUAUGCUACAGUGGAUGCUUUUCUCUCUUACGAGAUUGGACGCAGUCUGAGCGUGUAAGUUAAUUAAUUAAUAGCAUGGUUCCUCUGCUCGUAUUUUUAGGAAAGAGAAGUAAAAGAAAACAAUUGACUUUUGUAUACAUUGAAAACAACAAUUACGAAAAAAAGUUAAUUUUAAUUCUUAUUUUAUUUUUCUUUUAAAUGCUUACAGAGAAACCAUUCCUAGCAUAUUUACUUAUUAAUGACAAUUUAUGUGCUUAGCCGCACUAAUUACA